UAACAUGGCGUCACGUUUUACAAAGUUCUGUGUGAAUAAUUUUCACCUUCAAUCCUCUCCAUGGAAAGUUGUUAGACGUUUAAGAUCACAAAUUUUGAUUCGAGGCUUGUCCACAGAUUCUGAUUUUAAGUAUGAUAGGCUCGUAGUUGAACCAACCAAGUCUCCAAAAUCCAAAUCAGACUAUAAUACACUGGUCUUUGGUGCAGAGUUUACAGAUCACAUGCUUAGUAUUGAAUGGACUGCAGAGAAUGGCUGGGCUGAUCCAAAAAUUAAACCAUACCAAAAUUUGUCAUUACCUCCAUCCUGCUCUGUCUUUCACUAUGCACUAGAGAUUUUUGAAGGCAUGAAGGCUUACAGGGGGGAUGAUGACAAGAUCAGGUUAUUUAGACCCAUGGAGAACAUGAGAAGAAUGAACAGAUCAGCUGACAGAGCUUGUCUACCAGGUUUUGAUGGUGAAGAACUUGUCAAGUGUAUAAAACAUCUUAUUAGCAUUGAAAGAGAAUGGGUGCCUUAUUCAAACAAGUGUUCCUUAUACAUUCGACCAACUCUUAUAGCAACACAGCCCAAUCUUGGUGUAAACAAGGCGUCCUCAGCCCUGCUGUAUGUCAUCUUGUCUCCUGUUGGACCAUACUUCAAGACAGGGACAUUCAGUCCAGUUGCACUGCUAGCUGAUCCUUCUUUUGUCAGAGCCUGGCCUGGAGGUGUUGGAGACUGUAAGAUGGGAGGAAAUUAUGGUCCUACCAUACUUGCUCAAAGACAUGCAGAAAUGCAAGGCUUGCAACAGGUUCUAUGGUUGUAUGGUGAAGAGCGACAGAUUACAGAGGUUGGAACCAUGAAUAUAUUUAUGUUUUGGAUUAAUAACGAUGGAGAGAAGGAACUGAUCACCCCACCCCUCAAUGGUUUAAUUCUUCCUGGAAUUACACGGAAAUCUUUACUAGAACUGGCCAAAAGCUGGGGAGAAUUCAAAGUUGUAGAAAAGGAAUUUAAUAUGGACGAUGUUAUACAAGCUUCACAAGAAAAUAGGAUAAAGGAAAUGUUUGGAGCAGGAACAGCUUGUGUGGUGUGUCCAGUGAACAGAAUUCUUUACGAGGGACAGAAUAUCAUGAUUCCCACCAUGGAAAACUUGGAAGUCACUAAGAGAUUUUACGACGAACUAACUGCGAUACAGUAUGGUCGCAAUCCUUCUCCUUGGAGCGAAUUUGUGGAUUAAAUACUGAAAAAUUAGCGGGCGCUAGCGGGUGCGUGGCCAGUAAAAGUUGAUCUCCUUGCGCGUGCCUUACGUUUGACCUCUGCGAUGCAGUUUUUUCAAGUGCGCUUUCCCGCGCUUGACACUGAUACGUGAACGGAAAUUAAAUAGCUAGACUCUUUUUUUCUCAUUUUGCUGUAGCUUAGAAGUGCUUCAAGAAAAAUACGUUUUAAUGAACUGGUCAAGCGAGAACUCUUAACUUUUUUCAUGAAAAAUACAAGCACUAUCGGGUCGCCAUUGCAUUCAAAUUGAAUCUUUCAGUCGUGCUCUGAAGCAUGAUUGCUGGAAAGACCUUCUUUCAGAGGCUGAAACCUCGUUUAAAUGUCACAGGGUGUAUCUGUGAUUUUAGAUUGCAGGUAAUAAUUUCAGAGAGAUCUUACUACUUAUUUGAGCUGACGAGCAAAUUUAAGUUAUUAAGGCUUUUGGUUUGCUUAAAGCAACGUGCGAUAAAAUAUUUUUGUUAAGGUGGAGUGCGAUGGGAUUGUUAAACCACAUCGUAAUGUUUUUAUUAUUUUAUCAUUUUUCGACAAGGAAGUCGUAAUUUUUUAACUUCUAUAGGUUUAAAGAAACAGUGUACACCUUAUUUAGAGGUGAAAACAGGUUUUUUUUUCUUUUCCUUUAUAUGCUAAUGACUCGAUCGCACUCUAUGUAGUAGUAUGACAUUUUAUUUAUCCAAACAUUGGUGUACUUUAAUAAACUGUA